AAUCGUUAUUCUUGAGAGCAUGAUGUCUCGAUUCUGGGCCCUAGGAGCCCUCCUUUUUAUCUGCAUCUCAGCGGCCGACCUCUGUGAGCUUCCAAAUCGCUGCAUUCCAAAGGGAUCUUGCGUAAAUAUUCUAAAAGGCAGCAGAUCGGUAGAUGCCUGCUGGGACAAUGAAGACUGCUGUGCAGAUGGGGUCUGGGAUCGACCCCAGCAAGCACUAGAUAAUCAGCAACCCAAUCAAGAACAACAUCAGCCCGCCCCAAAAGGUGUUGAAAUAUUUCCAGCCAAUUCAGAUCCGCUCGCAGAUCGAUCAGAACUUGUAUUGAUUCCUUCAGGCCCUCAACCCAACGUAAUGAACCCGAUUCAAGUUCCACCAAAGCAUCAACCCAAUGUAAGGAACCCUAUUCAAAUUCCACCAAAGAAUCAACACAAUCAACCCGACGCAAGGUACCCGUUUCGAGUCCAACAAAUCUACCGGAUUUCCGAUCCACCAAAAAAUCAAUCACAUGUAAUCUACCCGAUUCCGGUUCCACAAAAUAAUCAACCCGUUCCAGAGCCACCAAACUACCAACCCGCUCACCAAGAUAAAAAUUGCGGUUUAAUCAAUCGGAAUCCACUAAUUGCGAGUUCACCAGUGCCUGGAAGUCAUCCUUUUGCUGGUCAAUAUCCCUGGACUGUUGCUCUUUUCCAAAACGGUGAAUAUUUUGGUGGCGGAUCCCUAGUUGCCCCUGCAGUCGUCCUGACCGUAGCUCACCUUGUGAUGAAUAUGAACCAAACGGAUAUUGUGGCCAGGGCUGGCGACUUUGACUUUUUACUGCGAAGCCAUCAACUUCCGCCGGAUGAGCGUUAUGUGGUCAGGAUUCAGGUGCACAACAACUUUCGAGCGCAUAGUGGCGCCAAUGACCUGGCACUUUUAUAUCUCAAAUCGCCAUUCACCAUGAGAUCUCACAUUCGUCCCAUUUGUCUACCUCAGCAGGAUGAGACCUUCGAUCAAAAGCGUUGCGUGGUCGCCGGAUGGGGAAAGCGAUCGGGUGGGGAUUUACCCUUUGCAGAUGUACAAAACAAAAUUAAUCUGCCCGUUUUAGCCAAAUUGGACUGUCAGGACCUGUUGAGGCAAGAGAUGGGUCCAGACUUCCAGCUGCAUGAGAGCAUCAUUUGUGCCGGCGGUGAUAUGAACCAGGAUGGCACCUUUGUCAAUGCCGGAUCUCCGUUGUUCUGUCCACUGGUGACCCAGCCGGAUCGCUACGUCCAGGCAGGCAUCUUCAGCUGGAGGGUGGGCCAACAAAUCGUGGUCUCAGCCUUCACAAAUGUGGCGAUGCUGAGAGACUGGAUUGGGGAGCAACUGCAGAAGAGUGCUGGCGGAAACCCCCACGACUUCAACGAAAGGUCCCUUUUUAAAAGUAUAAUAUCAGCUUAAAAGUAAUAGAACUCUUUAACAUGAUAUUUUAAUAAAUUGUCAAACAUUUAAUUGAAAAA